AUGGCAAUGUUCAAGUACUCCAAAGUCGACUUCCUCUUCACUUGUCUGGGUCUUGUAUUCUUGGUGCUCGACAUCGGGCUGGAUGUUUUGGCUGUUGUGUCUCUGUACCAGGAAAAGGAAUACUGGAGCCUCGGUGUCCUGCUGCUGUUCCUGGUGGGCUCGUCUGUUCUCGUCCAAGCCUUCAGCUGGCUCUGGUACAGCUACGAGAACUUCAAGAGGGAUACGACAGUGGAGAAGUGUGUGUCUGAGAGUCAGCUCAAACUCCUCCACGUGCUGCAGCUGGGGAUCUACUUCAGGUUGUGCUUUUUUUCCUAAUUACUUGAGUAUUUCUGGUGUUUUCUAAGUGCUUCAGGCUGUUUGUCUCUCUGCGGUGAGUGUGUGAAGUAAUGAGGUGGGUUUUGUUUCGCUUUCCUCCUCCUGUGGUUCUGUUUAUCUAAGUGCCAAACCCGGAUCUUUCCGGUCUGUGCAGGGAAACGACCUCAUUUCUGGGAAAUAUUCAGAAUAUUAGUGCUGCAGCUCUGCUCCAAACUCAGAUGAUGAACAUGAAGAGGAAUUUGGCAGUGAAACAACACAGAGACAGUUUGAUAGACGAGUGAACAGAGUCAUCCUCAGGUGAAAGGUUGGCAUUCACAACCCCUGUACCUGAGUUAUAUGAGACUGAAGUGUACAAAAAAGAGAAAAUGAGCAAGAAAAGGCCAUAAUACUUUUAAUUUAUAAAGAUAUCAAUAAAGCAAAACUGAUUAAAGAUAGUUACAAUAAAAUAAAUAUAUUAAUAAAAGUUUUAGAUGUUGAACUUGUCAGUGAGCUUCAAGUAUUGGUGGAUUAAUGAGGAGUUAAACUUAAAUGUUUAAGCAAAUAUCCAGGUAAUCAAGUCUGUGUCUUGAAUCCCUUUAAAAUCAAUAGUAUUUAUAAUAUUUUGUGGUCCCUUACCUGUUGUUGUCGUAUAGUUUUAUCAUAAACUGACAGAGACAUCUGAGGAUGUCAUUAGGAAACACCGAUCAGUCGGUUCAACCCGACAGUUUAUAGGACCUACAAACCUGAAAACAACGAGGUACUACAGAUUAAUGUUUUUACAACAACACAAUAAUGUAAAACCUUUUGAUUUGAUGUGAUAUAAAAGGGAACAAUAUGAUACUGUAAGAAACAAUACAGUUAAAUACAACAUAAUAUCAAACACUUUGUCUCAGACCCGAUAUAAGAAAUAUAUUGAUAUAUUUUAAGUGAGAUAUGGAAUUGGACCAUAUCGUAUAUAUCGAUGUACAGAUAUCAGAUGCUGGUGUUUCUCACACAAAAUCUUUAAACAAAGAAGGACACACUUGUCCGUCCUCUAGUAUCUUCCUAAAAACAGCAAUAACUGUUUAUUAAAGUAAAAAAGAAAGAAGAGAGGGAAAUGUUUACUGAGUUCAUGGUCUGUUCAUAGUCUUGUGCUGCUGGUUUAGACUGUUAAGAGGAUAAAGAGAGGUAGGUAAUCUCAUGUAAAUGCUGCCCUUAUUCGGGUUUGUCAUAUUGAAUUCUUUUGUAGUGUUUGUUGUUUGCAUCUGUGGAUUUGUUAGAGGAGAAGAAAAUCUGAAUUUGAUUUUAAUCGGCCAUUUAGAGUUGUCAAAAUGUUGAUGCUUUUCUCAUAUAAAGAAAUUUACUUCAGAAAAAGGCCUAUUUUACUUUAUGGGCUAUUUUUAUUUAAGAUAUAUUUUUCAUUUAAAUGUUCACCUUAUAGAGCUCCAGUUUAAAAGGUACUCCUGUGGUUAUACAGUAUUUAUGUUUACAUGUGAUUGUUCUUUGACCAGCUGAGCAUAAAGAAUCUUCUUUUCAGCAUUUAAUGACUUCUAGAACUACUUGUGACAUGUCAUAUCUGGAUUUGACUGUGACUAAACAUUUGCUCUCACUUUGUGAAAACAACAUCAGGACAUAAGUAUAUCGUAUGUUGAUAUUCAGCCUAAAUAUAUCGGGAUGUGACUUUUAGUCCAUAUCGCCCAGCCCAAGACCAAGUCUAGUACACAUUCAGCUGCUUCAUUGGAAGUUUUUAUGACCCACAAUAACUUCAGGAGAUAUUUUGGAUCUGUUUUAGCUCGGCAGUUAAAUCCAGACCCCUGCUGCAUGUCGUUUCCUUCCUUAUUUCUUGUUCUGUUUCUCUAUAAAAGUAACUAAAAAGCUCAAAAAACACUUUAAACAAAUCAGUCAAAUAUCUUAAGAAGCAUAUGAAGCGAUUUGCAGUCAAAAAAGUGAAAUAAACUUUUUACAUAGUUAAAAAUCACGCUUCCUUAUAUCCAUGUUUCUUUUAUUUCGCCCAUGAAUGAGUGCUCCACUUUCACUUUCAGUUUUAGUUACUGUAAUUCAGGGAGACCUCAGGAUGUCAGAAUUCAUGACAAUAUUUACAGUAUAUGACAUCACCCUCUCUUUCAGUUCCCACUAAUGUGGUUAAAGAUACACAUAAUAUAUGAACACAACAGGAACGACACGGUUUUUGUUCAUGUCUGACUCCAAAGUUCACUUCAAUUUCCAGAUAAAAUAAUGAUAUAAGAAAGUUUAGAUUCUCUAGUAUCCAAAGGAGCUCCUGCUGAAGUCAUUAAAUGUCUCAAAGAAGGUUCUUAAGAUGGUUUGAACUUUGUGUUUUUGUGUCUCAGGCAUGCAGGAGUGGUGGAGGUUUCUAUACGGAGCUUCUUCUCGAAGAUCAGAGGUCUGGAUGAAGAUGUCGCCGUGUUCUUGAGUCACGACCUGAGCAUGCUGCGGCUCAUAGAGACCUUCUCAGAGAGCUCUCCUCAGCUGGUUCUCAUGCUCAUCCUCAUUCUGCAGCGGGGUCAGCUCGACGCUUGGACAGGUACACUAUGUUUCUCAUGAUGUAGUUUGACCUGCUGUCUGGACUUUCUAAAACGGUCUGACUUCUCCUCCUUCUCCUUCUCAGUGCUGAAGGCCGUCGGCUCGGCCUCGGCCAUCGCCUGCAGUGUGACCAUGUACCACCGCUCUCUGCGCUCCUUCCUGCGCGACAAACAGAAGCAGCAGAUCGUCUCCUCCCUCGUCUACUUCCUCUGGAACCUCCUCCUCCUCAUGUCUCGCAUCACCGCCCUCGCUCUUUUCGCCUCCGUCCUGCCGUGUUUCAUCUUCACGCACUUCUUCUGCUCGUGGAUCAUCCUGUUCUUUUUCGUGUGGCGAGCUAAAACCGACUUCAUGGAGGGCCCUCGUGGAGAGUGGCUUUACAGAGCCACCGUGGGCCUCAUCUGGUAUUUUGACUGGUUUAACGUGGUGGAUGGGAAGACCAGGUACAAGACUCUGUUCUAUCAUGGGUACAUACUGGUCGAUAUUUCCCUCCUUUGUGGUUUGUGGUGCUGGAAGAUGAUCACAGAUCCGCCAAACUUUGAAAUCCCACCUUUGGGUGCCUAUAUCACUGCUGCCGGUGUCGUCGGAGUGUACAUGCUCGGCCUCUUUUUUAAACUGAUUUAUUAUAAAUUCUACCAUCCAAACCUCGACAAAACAAAGUUGAAAGGGGACGACACUGAAAUGUCCCCGACUGGUGCCUUCCUUACUAUAGAAAGGCAAUCUACAGAUGUGCCAGACUUCCCCGCACUCAGAGCCUUCUCAGAAGGCCUAGUGACGGACGGCGAGGAGCGUAGCGCGCCCAGACCUCCUCCAACUGAAACUAAACGCUGCAAUAAACGAAUGAAGAAGCUGGCUGAGAACUUCUACUGCUGA